CUCGGGCUCCGAUCAUCAGCUCUGGAUUUCUGGGACAGAAACCCUCAAUGAGAACUUGAACAUGGACUACACAGGCCUGCUGCUGCUGCUGCUGCUGAACCUCAGCGGAGCACUUUGUGCUGUGGUGGAGUGGACAGAAUUAAAUGAAGCAAAGGCCUAUUUGAGGCGGUACGGCUACCUGAAUGACCCUGCUGAUCCACAAGACCCCCAUUACCUGGUGGAGCUCAUUGACGCUCUCAGGGUUUUCCAGAGGGUGAACGACCUGCCAUCUACUGGAGAAUUAGAUGAGGCCACGCUGGAUGUGAUGAGACAGCCGCGCUGUGGCAUGGAGGACCCCUUCAACAAGAAAUUUCAGAAAUUCAGAGUGAUGGGUCGUUGGAGAAAGAAACAUCUGACCUACCGCAUCUACAACUACACGCCUGACAUGAAGAAGACACUCGUCACGAUGGCGGUCCACUCUGCCUUCAGGUACUGGAGCGAUGUGGCUCCUCUGACCUUCAGAGAGGUCCACCAUGGCAGAGCGGACAUAAAAAUCGCCUUCCAUAAGAAAGAUGGCUACUGCUCUACCCCAUUUGAUGGCCGUGGUCAGGUACUGGCUCAUGCUGAGUCACCAGAAUCUGGUAUUGUCCAUUUCGACGAGGACGAGUUCUGGACUGAGGGAUCAUAUUAUGGUACUAAUCUGCGUAUUGUGGCUGCCCAUGAAAUCGGCCACGCCCUCGGCCUGGGUCACUCUCAGUUCAGAAACGCUCUGAUGGCUCCGGUCUACUCUGGUUACCGUGCCAACUUCAAGCUGCAUUCAGAUGACAUCAAAGGCAUCCAGGCCUUAUAUGGCAAACGCAUGUCCAGCCCGUUAGCCAGUCCAACCCCAGGCGGUGUGCUCCCCACAGAGAGCAGCCAUGAAAGUGAGAGCGUCCCUGACCCCUGCACCGCCACACUGGAUGCCAUCAUGUUAGGUCCGUUCAGGAAGACCUUUGCUUUCAGUGGCAAUUACGUGUGGACCAUCUCUGACCUGGGACACAACAAACCAAUAACAAUUGACAGGCUGUGGAGAGAACUCCCCGGACACCUGAGUGCUGCCGUGCACUCACAAAGAACCAACAAGACCUACUUCUUUAAAGGCGAUAAAGUGUGGAGGUAUACCAUGCUCGUGCUGGACUAUGGCUACCCGAAACAGGUCAAACGGAUCCCUCCAAACAUCGAUGCAGCCUUGUACCUGGAGAAGAACAAGAAGCUGGUCUUUAUCAAGGGUUCAGAGCACUGGCAGUGGGAUGAGCUGAAGUACACCGACCUAACUCUCUACCCCAAACCGCUCUCCACGCUCUUCACCGGAGUGCCGUCCAGCGUGGACGCCGCCUUGACCUGGACCAACGGCAAGAUCUUCUUCUUUAAGGGAGACGAUUACUGGCGUGUGAAUGAGCUGCUGACAGUCGACAGAGGAUACCCGCUGAGCAAGAGGGAGCGCUGGAUGCAAUGCUAGGGGUCGACCAUCAGGGGGCAGCAGGCACUAAGAGGUCUACAGCGGGGGCCUGGUUCCACUCCAGGGCAGCCAGGCAACCUCAACAGCAGCCGCUCAUUGUGAAUCAUCACCUACUAUUCAAAAAGACACUCGAGUGGGAAUUGAUUUUAUUUCACUGGAUUUUAACCAAGCUACUCCCGCCCUCCGCAGCGGGCUGAUGUUUGCGAGGCUUAGUUCUUGUGUGUGUUUUGUGACUCCGAGAAUUAUGUAAGCGUUUGUAUGAUCUCAGGAAGAAAUCAAGGGAGGCCUUCUGUUUUUCUCUCUAACAUGUGUGUUGGAUUAUGUGUCUUAAAACAUUCAGCAAUAUGUAAUAUGAUGAUGGGAGUGUGCACUUUCUGCUGAAACAACCAGUCAACUUUGCUGGCGUGUUCGGUGCUCUUAAAUGUUCCUAAACACAUCCAUUAUCUCACGAGACACUGGUCUGAGAAGUCAUGUGAUGUCACUCUGGGUCCCGAUUCUUUUAUGUGAAAAU